AUGUCUCACGAACUUCAUUUACUCAACCAACAAAUAAAAACACAAAGCGUCUCACCUCCUCCUAGCAUGGAAGAACAUACGGCUCCGCAGUCCACCUCGAGUACUCCGCCUCCGGUAUUGAAGUCUGGUAAGCCCAAACGCAUAGCAUGUGUGGAGUGUCGACAACAAAAGUCUAGAUGUGAUGCUCAUGAAAAACAUCCAGGACCAUGCACGAGGUGUAUCAAGAAGGGUCUCAAAUGUGACUUGAAGUCUGAUUACAAAAGAACUUACAAACGAGCCAGGAUAGCUGAAAUAGAAAAAGAAUUCACAGAGUUGAAGAAAAGCUUAUCCUCUUCGCAAGCGGCUGAUCUUAUCAGCAAAAUUCCUUCCUUGGCUCAACAUCUCUGCCAGGAGUUCACCAGCCACUUCCACAUCAGCAAUAUGAAAGGAGCCGACAAUAGAUUCUCAUUAAACUCAUCUGAAACAAACAAUUCGAUUCCAAAUACACCGUCAAUUUAUAGGCAAAUAGAUCAACCUUUGAGUCAGAAUUAUCAUUAUGCUAGUACUGCUGAAAAAACUAUCCUACCAGAGUAUGUUUUGCAUUGCGAACAAAAAUCUAUUGAUGUAAUCACAUUAUCUUCAGAGACUAUUCGCGCAUUGUACAUCGAAUACGUUGAACAUUUUCAUCCAAUUCUUCCAGUUGUUGAUGUACUGAAAGGUCCUGAACGUCUUUAUAAAUUAUGUCCUGCUUUGUUUUGGGUAAUUAUGUUUGUUUCAUUACGCAGAUUUAGCGAGGACUCCCAUCACAAGUUGCUAUUGGAACUUUCUCCAAUUGUUAAAGGCAUAUUGGCUGAAAUCAUGAUUCUGCCUAUCACUCGGUAUAAUCCAACUGAAGAGGAUGAACCCAUUUUGAAUGCAAGUUCCGUUUUUUCAGUGCAAGCAUUUCUUUUGUAUUCUUUCUGGCCGCCAGUUACCUCCUCUUUAAGUGCUGAUUCCUCAUACACGACAGUUGGUACAGCUCUUUUUCAAGCCAUAAGAAUUGGUUUACAUACUCCUGCUUCUAUAUCUGACGGGCAACAGAAGACUCCUCAACAGCUUUUUAUGGCUCAUGAACUGGCUAAAACUUGGAUAAUUUGCAACAUAGUUUCGCAAACUAUUGCAACAUCGUUUGGAUUUCCUGCAUUUGUUCAGUUCGAUUCUUCUAUUUGGAAUUCAAUUAGACCUGGUAGUAACAUCAGUAUUCCGAGAUCUAUUCAACUAAUGAUGGAGAUUGCGCAUUUUGGAGAUCAAGUUGCUAAGACCUUGAAUUCAAACACACUUGAUCCAUAUGCUUUGGUUGAUCCAACUGAAAGACUUCCUUUGUUGAAGCUCUUACAGCGUAGAUUGGAUGAAAUUGAAAUUCGAAUGUCCCAUGAUUUGCCUCUGGAUGACGGCUUUCGCAGGUUUCAACUUUUAUCUGCCAGAGUUCAUCUCUUGACAUACUAUUUUAUGGAUUCUUCGCGUAUUGCAGACUUUGAACUCCAAAGAGGUUUGGUCAAUUUGUAUAAUGCAGCAAUGUCUUUGAUCAAUUUGGCUCAGCUUUUUCAAGAGAAGGAUAGAAAAUUCGUUAAGUACUUACCAGGUGUCUACGUGCUAAACAUUUGGCAAUCGGCUUGCAUAAUAGGAAAAUUGAUCCAUUCGCCAUUGAAAAAAAUUGUUGAUACUGGUUCGGGAAAGCAAAGCUACUUAGCUGCUAUAUCUUUGGCUGCAAAAGCGUCGAUAUUGAAACAUGACAUGGCUCAUAGGUCCAGCGGAAUUAUGAGAAACAUGUGGCAAGUUUUCCGCCAGUUGGAUGACAAAAAGAUGAGCUCUCUCAGCAUUAACAUUAGAACCAGAAUGUCUGCAUCUGUUUUCUUUGACUGUUUGUAUCUUUUGAGAGACCAAGUUGGAAUGACAAAGUUAAGUAAUGAGAGUCAGAAAGUAGGUAAUGGUGGCAGCCAAAAGUCUACGCCUGGAAGUAGUACGUCCUCGCGCACUAGAAAACAGAGAUCGUUGUCUAACACAGUUAACGCGGAAUCAAAAGCACGGAAGAUUAUCAGAACGAUUCCAUUGGAUCCACAACCUAUUUCA